UCUUCAAGUUAUCACUGUGAAAAUGUUUCUGAAGGCUGUAAUUUUAUUCCUGGCCAUUGCCACCGUCUACGGAUCUGUGGUUCCCAAUCCCGUCGAGAUUGAAGCGGAGGGCAAGCUAGUCCAAACUCUUAUUAAAACUCUGACUAGGCAAUCAUCGGGCUUAUUUAACAUUGAAUGCGUGGAAUACUACUCCCCGAUUCUGAAGGGAUAUGUUGACACGUACUACAAGGACAUCCAGGCAUGCCAAGACCAGUAUGAUAAUGCCCACUCCGAGAUCGACGAAAGCUUUAGGCUCCCCCGCGAUGAACUGGCGGUGUCUGUACGGGACACCUGCCUCUCCCUGCUGGCGUGCGAUGGAGAGACCCUAAAUCUUAGUGCCUUCAACUGCUUGGCCGAAAAUGGACCUUCUGCAUCUAAGAUUAUUACACAGGAUUCCUACAGUGCCAGUGACAACAAAGCCGCCCUGGUCCGUGAAUUGUCUGUAAUUUUGGAAACUAGAACUCAGUGCCAAAACGAAGCUUACCGCACCUACGAAAUUAACCACGACAAGACUACCGAUGAUAUGAGCGCCUGCCUAGCUGAUCCCAACUGGGAGUUUCCCACCACCGACUACGCACUCGAGGAUCCAGUUUAAAAUUCAGAUAUUAAUGUUUCAAUCUUUAAUUGCUGCAAAUUAAAAAUGUUGAGUGAUUAUCAUUCUAUUUAUUGAUGUUUUAAGUAAAAUUCCAUUCGAUUUAGUGACCAAACCGAGAGCUUUUAAGGGGAUGCCUUAGCUCCAUUUAACUUAGAUAGGUCUCGCAUUCACUCAUUAUCUAAUAAAUUCUCUGAACAUUGAAGUUGGUAU